AUGACUACACCCAAUAAGAUCUUUCCUUUCGAAAUUCGAGAUAUCGCACCUGAACAAGUUGAAAAAUGGAAGAAAUCUUUCCAAGCAACUAUGAAUCCAUGCACAUCGUGUUAUGGACCCAAAGGUUACCGCCUUCCUAGAGAAUUUGAGAAAAUUGGUAAAGAAAUAUACAACAUGGAAAUUAGACCGAGUGAUGUUUUCGUUGUAACUUUUCCUAGGUCGGGUACCACAUGGAUGCAGGAACUGGUUUGGCUAAUUUUAAAGAACUUUGAUUAUGAAAAGGCUUUGGAAACCCCGCUCACCGUAAGAUAUGCUUUUUUAGAACCUGAUAUGUUUUUGAAUCAUAAUGAAAUGCCAGGUAUGCUACACGACGAAAAAUUUAAAAAAACAGUAGAAGAAAACAUGCCGCCAGUGCAAAAAGUUCUGAGUAUGGCUUCCCCGAGAUUUAUCAAAUCACAUCUGCCAUUAUCUCUUCUACCACCCAAGCUGUUGGACACUUGUAAGGUUUUUUACGUAGCUCGUGACCCCCGUGAUGUAGUCGUGUCAUUUUACCAUCAUAGCAAAUUAAUGAAGAUGCUCCUAGACGAAGUGGACUUCGUGACUUAUUGGGAACUUUUUAUCAAUGAUUUAAUUCCCUGGGGACCACAGUUUGAACACGUUAAAGAAGCUUGGCGAAUGAGGAACCAUCCUAAUAUGCUAUUUUUGUUUUACGAAGACCUUUCUAAGGAUCUGCCAGCUUGUGUACGUCGCGUUGCUAAAUUCCUUGGCAAAGAGAUAACUAAAGAACAGAUUGAAAAACUAUGCGAGCACCUUAAAAUUGAUAAUUUCAAAAAAAACAAAUCCGUCAAUUACGAUAACUUAAAGGGUAUUGGAUUAUUGAAUGAAAAGGAGAGUUUUAUUAGAAAGGGUAAAGUUGGCGGUUGGCGAGACUAUUUUGAUGAAAAGAUGACUGAACAGGCACAACGCUGGAUAGAGGAGAACUUGCGUGAUACCGACUUGCGUUUUCCUCACUAA